ACAUUAGCCGUGCUCAUUCUAGUGAAUCGUGUAAAUAUUCUGAACCACAACGAUUUUUAAAUUAAAUCGUUUGUUUUGUUAAUUUAGUUGGAAACAUUUUCUCAGAACGACUAUGAGCCACAAUUUUUAAUUGCCCAGCUUCUAAGCCUAAAAGUGUCCAUUCAAAAAUGAAGUACCCAGUGCUGGCCGUCAUGCUUGUCCUCCUCAUCGUCAUUUCCCUCAGUGUCGAUGCGCAUUUUCCAGUAUACAGUCUUUACAAGGAACGUAAACCGGUUGAUUUGUUCCAAGCCCUGGCCAGCGCAAGACAGGCGAAACGACGAGCUGGAGGAUUCGAAGAAAACUAUGAUCUACCCCUCUCCGAAUUUUAUAAAAGAAGAUAAUUGCUUGAUUGUUUGAAUUUUUGAUCUCAAAUAAAGUUUUCUGUGUUA